GGCAUGGCCAUGGGAGCAUGGUGGGAGAUGAAGAAGAGCUUAUUAGUGAAGCUGAGUGUGUAUCUGCUGAUCAUCGCCAUGGCUAACUGUGCUCGGGAUAUUCCUGACUCCAUUGCCAAGAACACUCACGUACACACCUGCGACGACAUCAGCGAGACGUGGCGCGGGGGGUUGUGCGCCAAGCACGGCACUUGUAACAAGCCGUGCCGGGCGGAAGGGUACGACUCGGGCUUCUGCGCCGCCUUUCCCUUCCUGACCACCUGCUGCUGUAAGAAGAACUGUGUUGAUGCUCUGCAGCCACGCAGGAGCAGCUUUUUCUGCCAAUGGUGAAAUAAAUAAAUCUCGUUUCGAUCG